UCAGGCCAAGUUUGGUUCAGUUCCAUCCAGGUUCCAUCGCGCGCGAGCCUGACACCUGCGAGGAUAUAACCCUUUCCCUAGCAAUCAUCAUUAAUCAUUCACGAUGAUGAGUUCAAGUCUCAUAUCCGAUGCUCGAGCUCGGGUUCUGUCCACUUUAGACCUCUUACUCCUAAUAUUCGAGCAACUAACCCCAAACGACUCCGUUGAACAUUUCUCAACCCGCAGGCAAUCCGAGUCUCGGUGCUUAGCAGCUGCUGCACUCGUAUCACAGUCAUGGUUUACAGCUGCGAUCCGCCUCUUGUGGCACACCUCCACAGGCAACGACCUCCUUCGUCUUAUCCCCGGAUGGCGAGAAUUCGAGGACGAACACAACCCCAACGUAGAACGGGAACGCUCUAUGGUUUCUUAUCAUAGGCCCUUGAGAGUAUAUGAAUGGCAAAGAUGGGCAGACUCUCUUCGUCCAGAAGAUUAUUGCCGAUUUAUGGUCUACGCGCAAUAUGUUGUACGCCUGAGAAGAGGCGGGCGUUAUUCUGGUCUUAUCCUUCAAGCGUUCGUCAACGGCCCCUCCUCGCCUUUCCGUUCCACACUGUCACCAUUUCCAAAGCUGACGGAAUUGGAAUGGUUGGUAUCAUUUCCUGGUUAUACUCACGGAUUGGGUGAAAUCGCGAAAUGCGAAGCCCCGGGGUUUGUUCCUCUUAUCCAAAUUCAUGCCCAUCAAAUUCGAAGUCUCAUUCUGGGUGAUGACCACUAUCUACGGUCAAUUGAGUCACUCCUCCCAUCAAUGUUGCAACAGAUGCCAUACCUCGAAAACAUACAGCUACCACAAACCCUGUCACCCGUUUUGUCCGAUUGCUUCGAGGUCCUCUCAAGGUGCCGGUACUUGUCUUCCAUAUCAGCGCCAGAUUCGUGCGUCGGUCGUGGUGGAGACAAUGAUCUUUCUGCGUCGUUCAAUCCGUCGCUUCCAGAAGGGGCAUUUCCUGCCUUGGGAUUCUUGGAACUUUGUGGCAACAUCUCAGACAUCGCUCGUUUCUUCGAGAUGGAACAUGCACCUAGAACCCUUGAUAAGCUCGUUAUCUAUUAUGGCACUCCGUGGACCUCGACACCAGAGGAUAUUGAGAGGGCAUUUCAGACUAUUGCGACCAAAUGCAAGUCCCUGCAAUAUUUUAAGUGCGACUUAUCCCCCAGAGGCAAUUCAGUAGACCGCAUGCGAGGGCUUGCGCAAGACACAAUCUCAUUCGAGGUACUCCGUCCGCUCGCUGCACUCACACGCAUGGAGAAAUUCUUCUUCAAAACCCGAUCUUCGUUCAAUAUCGGAGACGCCGAUAUGGCGCAACUCGUUCAAGACUGGGGACGUCUAAAAGAAAUGGAGCUUCAUUGCCGGCCUGCCACUGCAUCACUGCUUGAAGAGCAGACCAUGACGCUAUGCACCCUGUCGUUUCUGUUUCUGGCGAUGUACUGCCCUUUUGUGGAACGGUUAUCAUUGCCCAUGUCCCUCGACGCUCCAGAGCCGGAGACGGCAUCUCUGCAUUAUACUUCAACGCCUCUCUUAAAGGUCCUGCAAUCUCUGACAAUCUUCCCGGGUCUAUCUUGGACGCGGUCCGAGGAGAUCUUUGAGACUGCGUCCUUUCUGAGUGAUCUCUGCCCUAAUAAUUGCGAUAUCUCCUGCAAGCUUCCUGAGUUUGGACGUGGAUGACCGUGACGAGAUCGACUACCACCUCCGCGCAAUGCGUGAAUAUUGGUGCCUUGCAGAGUAUAUGAUUAUAACGAAACAGCGCGAAGAGCUCAUCAAGUACUCCAAAGCUGUUAGCAAGGAUAACAAAGAAUUAAAGGCUCACCUUGCUAUCUUGACACGGAUAGGUCAUGAUGUUUAGAUGAGUUGAUGUACAGUAUAGUAUGACUGAAAAUAUUAAUCGCUGCUUUAUCUUUGUAUUCCAU